AUGGAUUAUAUGAGGCAAUUUGGGUUCGAUCCUCAUCUGGUGGAUUUCCUGGUGGACCACCUAGAUUUCACCGAUGAAACAGACACCAAGUCCUCCCACUACACGCCGUCUCGAGCCUACGUGCGAGACUCCAAGGCGAUGGCGAACACGCACGCCGACAUCAUUGAUUCUCCAGAGGCGUACAAGUUCGUGGUGGACAUGCCGGGGCUGAAGUUAGAGCAGAUAAAAGUGAGCAUGGAGGAAAACACGCUGGUGGUGAGUGGAGAGAGGAGGCAGAGGGACAAGGAUAAGGAUCACAAAGAAGGGGUGAAGUACAUUCGCAUGGAGAGGAGGCAAGGCAAGUUUCUUAAGAAGUUUCAGCUUCCUGAGAAUGCUGAUUGUGAUGGAGUGUGUGCUAGUUAUCAGGAUGGGGUUUUGACUGUCACUGUGCGGAAGAAGCCGCCGCCGGAGCCCAAGAAGCCCAAGACCAUUCAGGUCCAAGUUAGCUCUCAUGAACCUCAGGCCCAACAUCAAGGCCAGCCCCAAGCCCAAGAAGAUAAUGGCCAGCAGGGAUGAUAUGAAU